AUGUCCUCGGCAACUUCCACCAGCUCUUUGCCCAGCGGCCUGGCCGUCCUGACGACUUUCCCAGAUGUGCUCUUCAUUCCUGAAUUGAUCUUUGGGGGCCUUGUCUGGAUCCUCGUUGCCUCCUCAAAGGUCUCAGAGCCCAUGCUGCAGGGCUGGGUGAUGUUUGUCUCUGUGUUCUGCUUUGUCAUGACCGCCACCCUCCUGUUCCUCUACAUGUGUGGGGCGCACGGGGGCAGCAGCUCCUGGGUCACUUUGGAUGUCAUCUGCCAGGAGACAGCAGCACUGUUCUACCUCAGUGCUGCUGUGUUGGAAGCCUACUACACCUAUACAGUAAAGGGUUUCUUUGCCGUCCCUCAGAGGAGGUCCAUCUACCAGGAGAACGUUGCUGCUGUGGUAUUUGCAUUCGUAGCUACCCUGUUGUACGUGAUCCAUAAGAUAUACUCUCUCCGCCGAUGGAAAUCAUCCUAA